AUGUCAACGAAAUCCGUGGAUAUUAACGAUCAACCUCUACUAACCACAUCUAUCAAAAUUGAAAAUGAUGCAGAUGACGAUGUCUUAUACGAUGAAUCAUCCGAGAUAAUUAACCGAAAUGAUUACUUUUCUAAUCUACCGUCAACAUCUACCUCAGUUAUUGCAUCUUUGUCAUCGGCUUACAAAGGCAAGAUUGAAGUCACCAGUAAAGGACGUCGAAAAAUUUUCGAUGGAGUUCGAUGGCAAAUACUAUGUCGAAGACCAGAAUGUCGAAAGCAAACGAAUAAGAAGUCACUCUGUAUAACCCACUACAAAGAAGAAUAUGAAACAUCGAUGGCUCGUGCAUCACCUUGGUCAAAUAAUCUUUCAUUGUUUCAAGUGCCAACGUAUCGAAAAGAGCAACAGUUAUUUCAUUCGAAGUCAAUUCAAAACCAUCUGGAAGAUCAAAAUAAUACCAUAAGCACAACAGAUAGUAUUGAUAAUAAUGAACAACUGCCAUUCAAUACAUCUUCUCAUCAAAUGAUCAACCCAGAACAAAUCGAACAUAUUGAAAAUGGUCGGCGUACUUUAUUGAAAAAUAAACGAUGGGCACCAUUAUGUAAAUAUGAUCAUGUUUGUCGAAAUCACGCUAAAUAUGACUCCCUUUGUAUCAAACACUAUGAAAUCACACAAAAAAGACGACGAAAUCUACUGAAAUUCCAUAAUUAUGAUAAACUACAUUUGCAUUCCAAUGUGUACGAUGAAUAUCGAACAGUAUUCACGGAUAAUAUAGCUAAACGUUUGAAAUCGAAUAAUGAACUUCAAACAUCUCCUUCAUCAGUUACCGAACAGUUUGAAAUAAACAGUAACGAAAAUAUCCAUAUGUCGACUGGAUCGUUGGAAAAUAAUUCGCGCUUAUUGACAUCAAGAUCUCCCGGUGAAGAAUCAACAUCUUUGAAGAAGCAUCUACAUAAUACUUUAUCAAAAUCUUUUCCGUGCGAUAAACAAAAUACUGAUCAAUCCGUCCAAACUGAUCUAAGCAUUCCAUUGUGUUGUCGCAUUCAUCAGAAUGGUCAUUCAUUCUAUUCGACAUGUAAACAUUAUAAGUCAACCAUAAAUACCAAGUCCGAGCCACAAUGUAUCGAGAUCAAUUUAUUUACAUCAAAAUUUCUAUGA